AGAUGUUUCAUUAACGUGCAUUUCAAAGUUGCUCUCGCAUCGCAGUUCUCUGUCAGCUGUGAACAUGGGUGCAUCUGUCGAUGUUGGCGCUAUCCAGUCACUGUCAUCACUCGCAGAAAACGACGCAAAAGAAAAAAUUGAAGCCCUCAAUGCAAGUCUUCAAAGUCAGUCAAAAUUUGACGCCAUCGAUCGCCGUUCACGUGAGGAAAUAGUCAAAUUCAUUGAUGAGGAAGUAAGUAAGAAGCCGUCCCUAAUAGCUCCAAUUCUUGAAUUUCUUCGCAUUCUUGCGCGCGACAAAUCUUCGCUCGAUCUGCUGCUCACAGAAUCUGUUCGGCUUUUCAUAAUACGAGCCAGUGGUCUUGAUAGCACAUCAUCAUCUGCGGUACUCAAAGAUGUUACUGAAGCUGAUAAAUGUUUGGUCAAUACCCUGUUCAAUUCGGCUGUGAUGCGCCAGACGUUCGAGGCUAGAUCGGUAGAUCUCUUACUGGAGCGGAUCUCUGCGUUUACAAGAGCGGACUACUCGGGUCGUUAUGAAUGGAUUAACGAUGUACCCGAGAAUUCAAGAACUGCUAUCUGGUUAUUUGAUUUGCGCAUUGCAUUUUUGGUCUCAGCGCAUUCGCAAAACAUACAGACGUUAUGGGGAAAAUCUCCUCAUGCUAUGACUACAUUCCUCGAUAUUAUACGACAAUACUUAACGCCUGCUGCAGAGGUGGAGUGCUUUGAGCCAGAACAAGCUUCUAGGCGCCUAGCGGACUAUACGGAUCGAGCUGGAGAGGCUGCCAAAAUACUUUUCAAUAUCACUUACAAACGUGCAGAUGACAUUGAGGAGAAAUUCGUGGAUGAUAUCACCGAAAUUGUCGCCGCUUUGAUGAAAAUCAAACCACCCUCACCGGUGAUGGAACAACAUGCAGUAAAUCUUAUGGCAACGCUCAAGCUUAACAUAAACAUGCUCUGCCCUAAGAUGACAAUUGUGGAUGGACGCGAACAAUAUGAUAUGUAUGACAUGUCGUUCGCUCAGGCACUUUUGGAUGCUAUGGAGAGGAAACUUGAUGAUAACAGUGGUUCAGAUUCAGACCUUCUGAGCACAUAUUUUGGCUCGGCAUUGAAGCUUUGUACAGCCAGUAAGGAAGCGCGACGAUACUGUCGUUUGAAGAUUCUGCCUCCGCUUGGAGCCGCCGAUGUUGCUCGUCCUCCAGAUGAAGGGCAAACCCUUAGAAACAAAGUGAUUCGUGUGAUGAUGAGCCCAGUUUUUUCAAAAGACCUUGCUUCCGAGUUUAUGUUCGUCCUCUGCAAGCGAUCAGUGAAUCGCCUCAUAAAAUACACGGGUCUUGGACAUUCAGCUGGUUUACUUGCUAACUCUGGCUUACUUGGACAAAUUAAUGCUCCAAAGAGCGCUUCUGACAGUGAGGAUUCAGAGACCGAAGACUACAGGGCGGUGGAAGACAAAGUUAACCCGGUGACCGGUUAUAUCCGACCAGAUUUGGGCCCUUCGCCUUUAGAGAGUAUGAGCGACGAGCAGAAAGAAUAUGAAGCGAUGAAGCUCGUGAAUGCUAUGGACAAGCUAAUGAAAACAGGUGUCGUAAAACCUGGAACAAUUGGGCCCGAUGGACGUCCAAGAGAAGUGGGUCAUGUGCUUGAACUCCUCAAUGACGUACCCGACAAGGAGCCUCAAUCAGAUAGUGAUUAGUCUUAAGCGGCAUCAUAUGAGGCAGCUUGAUGUAGCAUCUCACAAACUAGUACCAUAUCAUUAGCAAAAUGUGCUAGUCUUUUACUAUCCCCCUCUAUUUUGAGCGUUGUACAGUGUCUUUUCUCAUGUUCAAGGAUCUGCAGCUAGAUCAGAGUUGUUGUACAGGAUGUUCCGAGAAAUGCAUCCGUGUCUACAAUUAAAUGGCGCCACUGAAAGUUAGGUUCAAAACAAACAUAUAACACCCAGUAUAUUAAGUCUGUAAUAGGUUGUUGCAAAUACUUCCGUUCAUUAUCGUAAAGGCUAUGCUUCUAGUCAGCAGCGUAAAUGUCAAUAAUGCUCAUCUCUUGCUUACUAGAACUGCGAUCUCUUUAGCAUUUUGUCAGCUGUUUUUCUUUUUCCAAUGUGGAAAUUUCAGUAAUCAUCGACGAGUCGUUGAUGGAAGGAUUGUAAAUAAAUAAACAUCUUACUGUGUAGC